AUGACCGACAAUAUCUUCUUUACAAGCUUUGGCUUGAUGGUCCUCGAUGAAAUCCGGUUUCCUAACCGCAAGCCAUUAAAAAAUGUACUAGGAGGAUCUGGAGCUUAUGCAACCCUGGGUGCCCGAUUAUUCCUCCCCUCGCCCCAGAGCUGCUCAAUCGUCUGGCCGGUCAAUAUUGGAUAUGACUUCCCAGAACACAUCACAGAACUCCUACGGAGCUGGGAUACACAAUUGGUCGUCAAUAGAGCAGUGGAUCAGCCUUCGACUCGGGGAUUACUGGAAUAUGAAGAUGAUACAUUCGGACGUAAGAACCGCGACCUGACGGACGUCCAUCCAGCCAAGACAUUCAAAUACACAACUCCAAUCCUCGCCCAAGAAAACGAAAUCGGAAACUCAAGCCCAGUCAUACUCUCGUCUAAAAUCUAUCACUUCCUCGCCACACCGGAAGAUAUAAAGAACUACACAUCAUGCAUCCUCACGACCCGAAAACAAUUCGGUAUCAAAGAUCGACCACUCAUAGUCUGGGAGCCGGCACCGCUGGCUUGCAACCCGGGGAAUCUUCAACCCUGUCUAGAAGCCGCGAGACUAGUGGAUGUAUUCAGUCCGAAUCAUAUCGAGCUCGCGCGGUUGUUCCCAGGGUCUUCUGCUUUCCCUGAUAAACGUGAGAUUGAGCGAUUAGGUAUGAAGGUUCUAGAGAGUGGUGUUGGGCCGGAUGGAAGGGGUGUGGUGGUUAUUAGGGCCGGGGAGAAUGGGUGUCUUGUUCAAUCGCGGGUUCUUGCUCCGAGGUGGAUUCCUCCGUUUUAUGGUGCUGCCACGGGGGAAGGGCAGGCUUGUAGAGUUGUUGAUCCGACUGGAGCUGGGAAUGCUUUUUUGGGGGGCUAUUCUGUUGGGUGGAUUCGCACCGGGGGUGAUGUUGUUCAGGCGGCUUGUUAUGGAUCUGUGGCUGCGUCUUUUGCGUUGGAGCAGGUGGGGAUGCCGGUGUUGAGUGGCUAUGGAGAUGGGGAGUUGUGGAAUGGAGUGAGGGUUUCUGCGCGAUUGCUGGAGUAUAGGGCUAGAUGGGGAUUGGAGAUGGGUGGGUUAUAA